AAGAUCGCGGCAACACAAAUAUUCAUUCAGUCAUACACAGAAUUGGGAAGUAACUUCACAUGUUACGUUUUAUUUGUAUUCGUAAUUUAAAUUUUAAAACUAUAUUUCUAAUAUUAUGGAUAUAAAACUAGUUUUAUUGUGUGUUAUUUUAAAAACAGUGUGUGCAAAAAUAUCUAUAAAUAUAAGAACAGAUUCGGGCAUAAAUAAUGUAUCUAUUACAUAUGAUGGCUCGGACUCUCAAGUGGUGAAUGCUCUCGACAUUGACCGUUUCAAUCUGAGAAGUCAGACUUUCAAAGAAGCUGUCAAAACUCAUUUUGGUGAGAAACCAAGUAAUAUUUAUUUUAAAUCGCCUACACCGUGGGAUGAUCUGUAUAAAACGUAUGGUUGGGAGCAAGUUACAAGAGUAAUAACAGUGAAAUCAGCAAGGGUACGUGACGUUACAGUCAAACCAGUCAUAGUAUUGUCACAUGAUUUCGAAAAUUCGUCAAACAAAACCAUCAAAGUUAACACUGGUAUAAGUCAGACGAUUGAACACACAGUAUCGACAAGUUGGUCUAAAAAUCAAGAAGUUUCCAUUUCACAAGAUGUUGAAUACGAUUUGAAUAUUUUGGUUGCAAAAUUAUCCGGUACUACAGGACUAACGUACACCUCUACUCUAGGGAAGAGCGAAGAGAAAUCUGAAUCGGUAACUGUCGGGGCAACUAGUGCUGUCGAAACGGAAUUGGCACCGGGACAGGCCGUGACAGCUGUUCUUUCAGCCAAACGUGGCCAUUUUGAAAUUGAGGUGGUUUAUAAAACCACAUUGCGAGGAAAAUUAGCUGUAAAUUUCAAACGUGGUCACAAUGGGCACCAUUUUUGGGGACCUUCGAUCACGAAAGUUUUUAAAAGCGGAGGAUUGAAAAAUGAGAUAACGGAGGCGGAGCAUAUUAAAGUUGGGUUUUAUUCUGAGGCUUCAUUAAAAGUUUUUGAUAAAACUACAGGGCUACCGGUGUAAGGAUUUUUAUAUUACUACUUAUUAAACCUUUGUUUGAAUAUAUUGUUUUGUUUUUUUAUCACUUACUGAAAUAUGAUCGUCCACAACAACGAUUUUCGAGUCUAUGCGGAGGCGGAGUAGACUUACGGGAAAAAUUAGGACAAAAGGAUGACCGGUAGGAUCGACCUCGAUUACGUAAGUUAUCUAUUACUGCCAUUAAGGGGAUUGUACUCAUUUAGGACAAUUGGGACAAGCUUUCAACUGAGACAAGACGGCCUUUUAUUUAAUGAAGGCCGGUUGUGUAGGGUUCACUGACGGUUAAGUGGUAAUUUAAUGAUGAUUAAUAAUGAUGUUUUGUGUUUUCCUUUCCUAGUCUGGAUGAUUUAGGAACCUACUUGCGAUCAUGGUUAGUAGAGUUAGCUGCAAAAAAUGCCUGACGUCCCAUGUAGAACUUUUUAUCCAAGUGGUGUACCUUUGCUGUAGCUGACUGUACUUAAAUAACGUUUGGGCAAAACUAAGGGAGGGAAAAGUAUAAGAACAGCUGGUUAAAAUAAACUCAAUAGGUAUUUUACAUCUGAAAGUUUGUAUGUUUGGAUAUUGGGUGUUUUAAUGUGUAUUUCUCAAUCACGCGAAAACAACAGAACCAAUUUGGCUGAAAUUCGGUUUGAG